AUGGCGCAGGGUGAACUGAAGAAAAGCAAGCCCGCCACUGCGACGGCGAAGCGAUCCUCCGCCGCCGCAGCCAAGAUGAAGCGCGGUCCCCGACAGAUCGCCCCCAAGAAACAGUCCCUGAUCCGUCAGGCCAAGUUGAAUAAGAAAAUGACCUCCGGACUGGUUACCAAGACGGAACGUAGUCUUGCGACCAAGGCUGGACAUUUGGAGUUGUUGGCCGGUGGCAAGAAGGACAGGAAUGCCGAGAAGGCCAAGGGCAAGAAGUGA